AUGAGAAUCGCAUAGCAUAGCAAGUCUUGUUAAGUGUUGUAACAAAAAAAAAUCUUUACUUUUAAUGAUGAAGAGUUAAUAAACACAGCAGAGUCAACUCCAGAUUCAUCAGGAAACACAGAAAAACCGUAAUUGUUGGUUUUUAGAAAUUAAAUAAUGCCUGAUUCAUAAAUUGCAAGAGAGCUUCAUGAGGCAUCUAUCCAGUCACAUUGGUAUGUGGAAACACCCAAAGAGUAUGUUGAGAAGCGUAUAGUGAAACUCAAGAAACAAAAACGUACAUUUUGACCCUCUAGUAUUAUCUUAGUUGAAAAAGUAGUUGUGUUGGAUCUGGAUGAGACUUUGAUUUACUAUAAACCUAACUAGACUGUUGUCCGACCAUUCUGCUAAGAAUUCCUGGAAAGAUUAUCAAGAAUCUGUACUUUAGUACUUUUUACUGCUGCUAAAAAAGAACACGCAAUAAACGUAAUUAAUUGAUAAAUUUUAAGAUGUUAAAAAUUAUAGAUCCAAAUAAAAAAUAUUUUAAAGCUAUUUGCACUUCAGAUCACAUGAUUGGCAAUGUUAAAGAUUUGAGAAUUUUUUAAACUGAUCUCAAAGAUAUUGUAAUUGUUGAAAAUUCUCCAAAAAAUUUUAUGUAUUUUCAUUCUCUAAAUAAGUGCCUAAAUCAACAAUGGUAUACCUAUCAUACCAUUUGAAGGUUAAUAAAACGACAAUUAACUUGAAUUGUUACUUUCGUUCUUAGAAAUUGUUCUAUUAGUUGAUGAUGUACGAGUUCAAUUAGCUAAUAUCUUUAAACUGUAAUAUUUUUAUAAGGAAUUGAAUGGAAAAUAAGCCAUUAACAAGUUAUAUAAUUUUAAAAAAAAUUAAUGA